AUGAGUAUGAGCACCAAUGAUAUCGAAAGCCCGACUCUGCUUGCUGCCUUGCCGUUCUCUUCUAGUGAGACUGCGGCUGUUCGGGCACCAACAACGGCUGCAACACCGGUGAAUGAAAAAGUAUCCCUACUCGAACAACGCUUGAGGGACGCUCAAGCUGAGAAGGAGAUUGCAGUUGAUAUUGUGAAGGAUGAGCUCGCACAUGAGAAGGCGUGCAACAUUGAGCUUACAACAAUGGUACAGUCUCAGGAGAGAUUGAUAGAUGAGCUCAGAGUUAAACUAGAAGCCUCCAAAGGAAGCAGUCCAACAGCGAAUAAUGAUGAUAGGAUCACCGAGCUUGAAAACAAGCUGAGGGAACUCGAGAAUAAGUCCAAGGCCGAGUCGGAAGCAUCAGCAACAAGCACUGCGCACUUGAGGAAGGAGCUCACCAUACGGGAGGGGGAGAUUGAGCGUCUUAGGAAAGCUGUAGAGGUGGCUACAAAUGAAAAUGUCGAAUUGCGACGGCUAGCUGAGAAUACUGAAGCUGAUCGAUGCCAACGAGAGGAGUCCGAUGAGGGGGUCCAAGCAUUGAAAGAGAAGAUCACCGAGGCUGAGGGGAUCAUAGGAAACCUAAAGGAACGGAUCAAAGGACAGGAAGAGGAGUUGGAGCAGCGAAGGAUCGGACUCCAGAAGGUGGAGGCACGAGUGACAGAGCUAUCGUUAGCUAACUCGAAGCUGGAGGAUGCCGCUGCAGUAGCUGCUGAGGCUCAUGAUCGUGAUCUACAGAGAGUAGCCUUAGAGAAGGUUGCUGAGAUAGAGUUGAAGGAUGAGGAGUUGCGGAGUACCAAUGAGGAAAUACAGCGACAUAAGGAGGAGAUGAAGGCUAUCAAGGCUCAGCUAUCGCAUGGCCUUAAGGUCGAGAAGGAGUUAUUAAACACUAGAGCAGCUCUCCAGGAGUUGAGGACGAUCCGGGACCAACAAGCAAACGUGAGCAUGGAGUUCCUAGCGAAGUGGCUAGGCUACCCGCCGCUGCUAGGGGCUACUUUAUACUGA